UCAGUCCUCCUUUCAUCAGAACAGCACAAAGGCAAAGCCAUCGUUUUCAACAGAGGUGAUUACAGGUUUUUCAAGACUACCUAGAAGACUGUUGAUAUUGUAAACUGGCUGUAACAUUCUACUAGACCUUCAUAUUUUUACCACCUGUGAGCAGAACAUGAAGUAGGAGGAGAAGUAAUGGACAAGCAGGAAGAAAGUGAUAUUUUACAGAACUGUUUUUGCAGGACAGAUUCACAUAUGAUGCCCACAGAUACCUCCAGCUCAAGCCGACCAGUUGAUCAGUGUGGUAUAUGUGAUUCUAGAUGUCCAUCACCCGUGUUAAUGGUGUCUUGUGGGCACCGCUUCUGUUUAAGCUGCCUGGAGGGUUUCUGGCAGAAUCUUCCUAAUUGUGAAAGGCCAUGCCCCUCUUGCAAAUUGCCAAGGGAAGGAAAACCAACAGAACGCCAAAAGCCAUUACAGUGUGACUUGUGCCCACCUUGUAGCCCUUGCAUUGCCCAGUGGAGCUGUUUGACUUGUGGGGAGUCAUAUUGCCCUGACCACUUUCAGCCACACAUGCUGGAGGAAGAUAAAGCCAACCACCAAGUAUGUAAUGCAGAAAACGAAGAUGCUAGAAAGAUGGGGGAGAUGAGGAGAAGGACACGCUGGUGUCUGGAGCACAGGGAAAGGCCAUUGGAGCUCUUCUGCAAGGCAUGCAGAGUAUGUGUGUGUACACUUUGCCCCCUACUUGGAGCACACAAAGGACACCCAGUGACACUCAUACAGCAAGAAGCCACACACAAAAAGAUUCUGACAAGCAGAUGCCUGGAGCAGCUUGAUCAAAAGAGAAACCAUGUACUUGGCAACAUCCAUCAUAUUGAGCAAGCUGCCACGGAUCUCAAGGCCCACACUUUGGCAAGCAAAGAUAUGCUGACAGUGAAAUUUACAGAGCUAAGGCUGCUACUGGAUGAAGAAGAAAAAUUAGCAAAGAAAUUUAUUGAAGAUAAGGCAAAGCUGGCACUGUGGGCGUACGAAGGUCAGACAGAAUCAUGCCAUGACCAGCUGUGUGCCAUCGACAAAUUUAAAGUCCAUGUCACAAAAAUACGUCAACAGCCUGAUGCUCUACAACUCAUUCAGGAUUUCACUGCAGUUGAAAAGGAAAUAAAGAGUCAUGCAGUUCCAGCAGAACAGUUGCAUCCGGUCCCUGUCAAAUUUGAACAUGUAGAGAAAUACUACAGUGCCUUCAUAGAAAACCUCAAAUCUUCAAUCAAGGGACCACCUGCAAUCCGAAUUCAAAAAGAUGCUAUUGAUGGUCCAAGCUCAAGAUCAACCCAAAAUCCAGGAAAAUUAAUUAAAACAGCCACCUAUGGGAAUAGGUCAUCACUCUUAAAAUAUGCCAGAACACCGACUUUAGAUCUGGACACAAUGCACCCAAAACUGAGGCUCUCAGAAGACCUACUUACAGUACAGUGUGCUUGGUUAGGAAAAUUUAACGCUAAUCAUCCACCAAGGUUUGAUAAACUCAUGCAAAUUCUAAGUAGAGACUCCUACUUUUCUGGCAGUCACUAUUGGGAAGUAGACGUCCUUCAGGCAGGACAGGGAUGGUGGAUCGGAAUCACAUACCCAUCUAUACAAAGGAAAGGAGAUACAGAGUUGAGUCGUCUUGGGUGGACCAGUGGAUCAUGGUGCAUUAAAAGAUAUGAUUAUGAGUACUGGGCCUUCCACAAAGGAGAGAGGAAAGUGAUUCAUCUUACUAACCCUCCAGAAAAAAUUGGGAUUUUCCUGGACUAUGAAUCUGGAGUUCUAUCAUUUUUUGAUGUCACGUCUGGAAUGAAGCAUUUGCAUACCUUUCGAUGUAGAUUUACUGAACCUUUGCAUCCAGCUCUUCGAUUAUGGGCUGGGUCAGUUACAAUGUGUAGACUGACUUAAUACCGAGGCUAGGUUUACAUCAUGGUUUAUAUCCUCUGGUUAGUAGAGACGCUAAAAACAUAUACAAAUGAAUGCCAGUGGCACCGCUUACUUCUAUGGGUCUGUGUGCCAUGUCCAGUUCAUUUUGGACAUGGAUAACACACAGAUGAAAUACAGUUGUGUGAAUAUGCCCUGAGAUUUCUGUUUUAGGAUGGCAUUGCUGUACCUUCUGCAUUUACAAUUUUUUUUUCAUUAAUAAGAAUUCUGUUCCCUUAAAUUUAUUGAAAAAUAUGGAUUUUAUAGGUUGCAGAAGAUGUGAGGAUCUUAUAUAAUAUGUGACCCUGCUAGAGUUCUCUGUACAGCAUAUGUUUAUAUGGCUUUAACUAUCACUAAAGGUUGGUUUACCAUAAUCUUUCAGAAUAUACAUAGGCCAGUAUUUACUAAUGAGUUUGUGCCUAGACCUUGUCGUAAAAUCUGUCAAAAUUUGGCACAAUUAUCUAGCCAUGCACCAAAUGUACAGUAUUAUCCAGCAUGAGCCACUGUGAUACAUUUGGUGGAUCUUUACACUGCCUGGUCUAAGUUUAUGUCUGAACCUUCCCCUCCUAGUUCUAAUCCAAGAUGGUUGAGAUUUAAAGGGAUAGGAAAAUAAAGAGCAGGGGGCCGUAAGAGUCUAGAAUUAAGUAUGCUUUGUUCAAAUAUCAAUUUUGAGAAUGAUGUUUGCAGAUCAACGAUUUUGUAUCUUGAAUUACUUCUAGCUUAUAUGUAGGAUGUUAAUAUAUAGUAAAUGUAUGCUUCUUCUGAAAAUAGCUUUAUGCAAUAAAACAAUCCAUAAAAUAACUCCAAUCACAUAGAAGUGAGCAGAGUAAUUGUUUGUUACAUCAACGCCCAACACACACGUCAGCCAAAGUGAUCAUAUUAUUCCAUUGUUCUACACCAAUUACCCCUUAAAUAGAUGUUCCAAGACCCCUAAACAUUUUAAAAUGAAUCAAAUGACAAAGUAACUCAACUAUCCCAUAUGAAUGAUGCAGCCAGUCACUGGUCUCAGCGGUCUCAUUCGCUAGUCUGGGAUGUCUUUGAUGCAGAAAGUAGUGAUUGGCUACUGUGAUCACACAGAGAUGACACUGUUGCAGUGAUGGAAACACAGAACAGUGGGCAGCAUCAGGAGAGGGCAAGCAAACUCAUGAGUUAGUCAUCUUGUUUUUCUAUAAUAAUCCCUGUUACGAUCUAAAAUUUUGGGGGUAUUGGGAAACCCCUUCAAACAAAAAAUUACAUUUCUGCAGCCAACUAAAUGUUGGUAGAUCAUAGCAGCGAUAUAUUGCAAUCUAGGAGAGUUACAGCAAUUUGGGACUGUCUCACUGAAUCUUCACCCUUGGGUAGGCUUAGAUACAUUUUUAGAAAAAAAACAUUACC